GGGGGGGGGAAGGCGACGGGAGAAGCGGUGGGGUGGAUUUAACUUGACACACGGACAGACCCUAUGCUUGGAUUUCGGAUCUUUUCCCCUUCGCCAAUGCCAAAGGAAAUAUGCAGCGAAGCCUCACCAUUCUCUACACCAGUUUACUGGGGUUGUGCUUGGGAUCAAGCUCAAGUUUCCCAAGUAACAUCAACAUAGGAGGAUUGUUCCCGAUCGAAUCGCACGAAUAUGAGGUGUUUCGGUUCGCGCUGUCUCACCACCAGGACAUCCCCAAGCUGGUGCCGCAGGUGGAUAUGGUCAAGAUGGGGAAUAGCUUCUCCAUGACAUACGCCUUUUGCUCCCAGUUCUCCAAAGGCGUGUACGCCAUCAUUGGCCUGUACGACAGGAAGACCGUCAACAUGCUCAUGUCCUUCUGCGGGGCGCUGCAUGUCUGCUUCGUCACGCCGUCCUUCCCCAUCGAGACGGCCAACCAGUUUGUCAUCCAGCUGAGGCCUGAGCUCCAGGACGCUCUGGUGGGAGUGAUCGACCACUACGGAUGGACCAAGUUUGUCUACAUGUACAGCUCUGACUCAGGCCUGUCAGUGCUGCAGAAGGUUCUGGACACAGCGGCGGAGAGGAACUGGCUGGUGACCUCGGUCAACGUGGAGACCAUGACGGAGGCCUCCUUCUUGAAAGUGUUCCAGGACUUGGACAAGAGGAAGGAGGGCCAAAUUAUCAUUGAUUGUGAGACGGAGAGACUCACUGGGAUCCUCAAAAAGAUUGUUGAACAAGGCAAGAAUGCAAAGAGCUAUCACUACAUCCUGGCUAACCUGGGCUUCCUGGACAUUGACUUGACAGACCUGAGGAAGGGUGGGGCGAACAUCACCGGCUUCCAGCUCGUCAACAGCUCGGAGCCCGUGGUCAGCCGCGUGGUCCAUCAGUGGAUGGAGUUUGACAACAAAGACUCCAAAGUGCCCAAAAGUGGACUCAAAUACACUGGCGCUCUAACAUAUGACGGGGUGAAAGUCAUGUACACGGCCUUUCAGAACUUAAGGAAGCAGAGGAUAGACAUCUCUCGCAGGGGCAACGCCGGAGAGUGUCUUGCCAACCCACCAGCUCCCUGGGGACAGGGCAUAGACAUCCAGAGAGCUCUGCAGCAGGUCCGCAUUGAUGGAUUGACCGGUCACAUUCAGUUCAACGAAAAAGGUCGCAGAACCAACUACACUGUCAGUGUCAUGGAACUGGCCCCCUCUGGGCCAAAGAAGGUUGGCUACUGGAACGAAGAUGAGAAGUAUGUGACCACUGCCAGCUUCGUGAGAGGCAGCAACGAGACGUACGGCCUGCAGAACAGAACUUACAUCGUCACCACCAUCUUGGAGUCUCCAUAUGUGAUGCUGAAGAAAAACCAUGAGCAGCUUGCGGGAAAUGACAAGUACGAGGGCUACAUAGUGGAGCUGGCUGCCGAGAUAGCGAAACACGUGGGCUACCAGUACAAACUGAAGGUGGUUUCAGACGGCAAAUACGGAGCCAGAGAUCCAGAAACCAAGAUGUGGAACGGCAUGGUGGGAGAACUGGUGUAUGGGAAAGCAGACGUGGCUGUGGCUCCUCUGACCAUCACCCUAGUUCGUGAAGAGGUGAUCGACUUCUCUAAGCCCUUCAUGUCCCUGGGCAUCUCCAUUAUGAUCAAGAAACCCACAAAAUCCAAACCCGGCGUGUUUUCCUUCCUGGAUCCGCUGGCUUACGAGAUCUGGAUGUGCAUCGUGUUCGCCUACAUUGGCGUUAGCGUUGUCCUCUUCCUCGUCAGUCGCUUCAGCCCGUACGAGUGGCACGCUGAGGACUACGAGGAGGGGGGCGAGCCGCAGACUCCCACCCAGGCGUCGGCCACCAACGGGAUGCAGGGCCAGACGCAGACGCAGCAGAGCACCAACCAGCAGAGUCCCGAGCAGACCAACGAGUUUGGCAUAUUCAACUCUCUUUGGUUCUCCCUGGGGGCCUUCAUGCAGCAGGGCUGCGACAUCUCACCACGCUCGCUGUCCGGCCGUAUUGUUGGAGGCGUCUGGUGGUUCUUCACCCUCAUCAUCAUCUCAUCCUAUACUGCCAACCUGGCGGCCUUCCUGACCGUGGAGAGGAUGGUGUCUCCCAUAGAGAGUGCCGAGGAUUUGGCCAAGCAGACGGAGAUCGCCUAUGGAACCCUGGAUGCCGGAUCCACCAAAGAAUUCUUCAGGAGGUCAAAGAUCGCCGUGUUUGAGAAGAUGUGGUCCUACAUGAAGGCAGCCGACCCGUCCGUGUUCGUCAAGACCACGGACGAGGGCGUGAUGAGGGUCAGGAAGUCCAAGGGCAAGUAUGCCUACCUGUUGGAGUCCACAAUGAACGAAUACAUAGAGCAGAGGAAACCGUGCGAUACUAUGAAGGUGGGAGGAAACCUGGACUCUAAAGGUUAUGGCAUCGCCACACCCAAGGGCUCCCCUCUCAGAAUCCCAGUAAACCUAGCGGUGUUGAAACUCAGUGAGCAAGCCGUCUUAGACAAACUGAAAAACAAAUGGUGGUACGAUAAAGGGGAGUGUGGCAGCAAGGACUCCGGAAGAAAGGACAAGACGAGCGCUCUGAGCCUCAGCAAUGUGGCGGGAGUCUUCUACAUCCUGAUCGGCGGCCUGGGCCUGGCCAUGCUGGUGGCGCUGGUGGAGUUCUGCUACAAGUCCCGGACCGAAUCGCGCCGAAUGAAGCAAUCCAUCAACGACGCCAUGCGCUGCUCCACCCUGACCAGGAUGAGUGGCAACGGGAGCGGCGGAGAGAACGGGCGCAUCCUCACCCACGACUUCCCCAAGACCGUUCAGACGCUGCCCUGCAUGAGCCACACCGCCAGCAUGGGACUGGGUGCCUCCGGCAUGUGACCGUCACGUGACUGUGCUGGCGGCGGGGAAUAGCCAGGGUGGGGCAGAAGAAGAGCACAGGACUCUUAAAUGACCUCAAAUAUCAUGGCCGUCUGGUUUGACCCAUCCACCCGACUGGCUGUCAUCUGCGCCCGACUUGAACAAGACUUAACCUACUGCCAAAAUGCACUCACGGACCGCUCAGUACCAACUACGAACUGACUCGCGACGCUUUUUUUAAUAAGUGGAUGUUUGAAAACGAAAUAUGGGGGGGGUGGGGGAAAAAAAGAAGUGUGCUGCAAUAAAGAAGCCGUCAACGGAGCGCGUUUUUUGAAUUUUUUACAGUGUUCCAUUGUGUGAGAAAAAAAAAAAAAGAACUUUAUUCUUCAGUGUGACGCCUGCGCUGUGCCAUUCCACUGGAGCUGUCGACGUUAGUCUACGUGUGCAAUAUCUCCACCUCCUCCGCUGACCUCGUACUACCUAGAUGCUUUCUGAUGGCGGGCGCGACGUGUCUUUGCACGGAUGUGACAGCAGGACAAACACUUGUGACUGUGCUGCAAGAUAACGUGAUUAUUAUUUUGGGACACAUCCUGCUCUCUUUCACUCACAUUUACACGGCGUUUCGGAAGGACCAAGUGCUUCGUGUGGCACAGACAGUUUUUAUGACGAUGUGAUUCACACUGAUUUGAAAAGUCAAAAAUAGUUUGAUUCGAUUUCUCCUCAAUUCAAGGUCAGCGGCGUUUAAAUCAGAGGUUAACCGGACCAGAACAAAACACGCGUUAUUGCUACACAUCAUUUAACACAUCAUGCCUUGUAUUUGUUUCACACAUCCGCCCUCACAAAUGCACAUAGAUAGUACACUUAUUGCUGCUGGGUCAUGUGUUUGACUAAAAAUAAGAUGGAGAGUUUAAUGGUUUAAAAAAAAAAAAUGUCAGAGGGUGGAUUUAAAAAUGAGAAUAUAAAAUAGAGGAAACACACUAACGCAUUAUUCAGUGGCUACGUAAUGAGUGACCUUACACUGUAUUCUACUGUUGUGACAUUCAUAGCAUAUCCAUCGAUAUACUACGGGGUAUAUGUGCGGCACCCGUUAAAUAAAAGAGAUCAAUUCAGAUAUAAUCGGGAGGAAAUAUUGCUCAAACUGUUGUUGGACGUGGUGCUGCAUAUUCCACUCCCCCUCGUGAUAUAUUUUCCCAACUUGUUGAGAUCGACCUGUAGGUGCGUGGCCUAUAAAAGAAAAGUUAACCUCUUCUGGUGAUUGAAACAGUGAGUGGCCGCCCCAAGAACUGCGGGGCACAGCUGACAAAGUGCAGACGGUCCUGGUUUGACAUGCAGGCCGCAAAGGAAAACGCCCCCUAAAAACAUUUCAAUACUCGCAAUACAAAAUGACCAUUGAUGGUGUGGUUUGCAUUUCUUUGUCGGUUAGUGGUUUAUUUUAUACUCCCACGCGUUCAACAUUGACAAUGACGGUAUUCCUUUCGGUCAUUUUGGGAUUCAGAUUAAAAAGGAAAGAAAAAAAGAUAAAUUAAUAAGGCUAGCAUGAUUUUAUAUGUAUAUAUAUUUUCGAUGCUAUAAGACCUUCAUAAUCCAAUCCAAUCUAACAGCAUCGUGUUACGGGGGAUUUGCUUUCGAUUGUUAUACUAUAAUGAAGGACACUAAACCUUGAAUUGGCAUUUUAUGUUUUCAGGAGAUUUAAUACUUGUUCUCCCUACACUGUCUACACUCACCCCUAACCCUAUUGAUAACUGGCAGCUUUAUUUUUCAUAAAAUAUUGCUUAAACAGAAGUAAAUAGGAACGAUUUUAGUCUGGGAAAAAGGCAAAAAUAUCCUCAUCAUAAUAAAGUAAUAAAGUUAUCAGUCUUACGGGGGGAAACUGUACGAAUAAUCCAGUAAUAGUUUUCCACUAUGCAUCAGAGUAAAGGGUCCAUUCUAUGCCUUCUUAAACACAAGCAUCUCACUGCUCACUUUCCCACUUUUAACUUUCAAAAAUAAAAAGUAAAGCCAUUUGAUCUCCUGUGGGGACAGAAAGCCUGUAAAAUAUAGGAAAUCAUCAGCUUAAAUCCAAGCAGGUGACAUAUGUCAAAAGGGGUAAAAUAGCCAAUUGCAGUAAUUCAUCACAGAAUAAGUACUGAAACGCACUGAACAUCAUCAUCACACCAGGGGUCCAACUGUGUCCAAAGGUGUGAUUUUAUUUUAAGGUGACUUGAAGGUUGUUGCUUAAAAUGAGACUAUGCGUGCUGCCGGAGGCCAGAGGUCAGCUUUAGAUUAGGUACCACACAGUCUCACAGCCGAGGCCAAGCGCCUGUACACAGGCUGCACUCAUCCUCCGCUUCCACCGCUGGUUGUGUAUUAUUUUUCUUCUCUUCCGAGUUUCUUCUUUAAAGAAUAUGGUACCAAAUCUGAUAAAUGAUCUCUUUCUCUACGUCCUCAUAGGCACAGUCAGAGUUUACUGAAAUCAUACAUAUCUCCACAUACCGUGUAUAUAAAAGACUUUUCCUCUUCCCGUAGUGAAACUAUUCGUUCCGCUCCCUCAUCGCGCCUCAGUGGACCUGAAUUAGUUCCCUUCCGCGUGAGUACGUUUCCGUCCCCCCCCCCCAAACUAUGUCUUCUUUUUUUGUUGAUGUUGUAUUGAUUAUAGGACACGCCACAGCACUCUUCAGUGAAGGCACUACCCUCAGACAGAUGUUUUAUAUGCCAUAAAAGAUUUGUACAAAAUUACAAUUCUAAAAAAAAAUAAAAAAUAAAAAAGAUGCUCAAUGUUUGUAUUAUAAAGGAGGGUUGGGGUGCUGGGGAAAGUGUUACACUUGGAAUUGUGUAAAGAAUAUAACACUCACACACUGAUGUUGAAUAAUCUGUGACGCUAAUGCUGUUUAAAGACAGUUUUGAGUUUGUUUAAUUUAAAUUUCGUUUUGCAAUUUCAAAAAGGAUUUCCUGUUGGUGUUUUUUAAGUGCUUGGGAUUUAACACCAUUUGAGUAUUUCUUUGUUGUUUUCCUUUUUCACAGUAUUUUACUACUGGAGUCAAAUCAACAGUUUGUUCCCCAGAAACAUCAUUAAUGUUGUUUUUUAGACUAUGGAAAGGGUGUUACUGAGUUGCAAAAUUUAAACACUGGUCAAUAAAAAAAAAAGUAAAUGAAUAGAACUACAGUAUUAGGAUUCAGUCUUUUGAGAAUUAAUCUUUUUUUUCUAACCAAAGUGUCCUGGAAGGAAGUCAUCAUGCUUUUGUAACAGAAUAAAGAUAUAAACUGUU